UUAAUUGCACUGAUUGGAAGGAAGUAAGAGGAAUAAAUGUAGGACAAUUCUUACAUUUGAAUCUUUGUUCAGUUUCUGACAUCUAUAAUGGUCCAAAUGGAAGGAAAGGACCAUAUUGUAAUUGACUUAAAUCAGUUUGGGAACGGACUGGCAAGAAAAAAGGCAAUAAACAUCCAUGAGGUUCCCACUGAUCUUUCCUGGCUUUUCUCAAAACCAUUAUCAUUUACACUCAGUGAUGAAAAAGGGUUGUUAAUCAAAAGCACAGCUUUAAUGACAAAUUAUAAAUCAAGAUGGGAAUCAAAUACUGGAAAAAGGCAUGUUUAACUCUAUAUCAUUUAUAUUCAGCAGCACAUCCAAUGCCAUUCAUGCACAUGGUUCCAAAAUAUAUUUUGUGUGUGCAUGUGUAUUUAAGCGGAAAGCACUUUAGUUACCACAUAAAGCUCACCAAGUAUUUGCUUUUCUCUUAUCUUAUAUGUAAGAGGAUACAGCUUGAGCAGCAAGAAGUGAAGCAUCCAGCAUAUGUUUGGAAAGUGACCAUAUGGAUUUCUACAAAUUGGACAAUGUGACUCUGAUCGACUACUCAUGGAUUUGUGGACACACCAGAAACAGGAAAUGUGACCACAAUCUGCAAAAGAAAUGAAAAAAAUAAUAAUAA